AUGGAGGUGGAAUUGAUGGGUCGAAGGUGGUGGAAAAGGGGCAGGAAGGAGUCAACAUGGUGGUCAACUUCGAGAAGUCGAGGAGAGGCUGCUUUCAAAUUCGAGAGGAAGGUGGGGAGAUUUUUCUCUUCGUGUGUGAACUGCCUCAAAGACCAUCUAUAUAUCACAAGCCAUGGCUUCCAUUUUGCCGUUUCUUAUAGUAAAGAGAAGGUGAAGGACUCAAUAAUUCAAUCGUACAAGAGACAUAUCAAUGGUUUUGCUGUUGUUCUUGAAGAGGAAGAUGCAUCAGAAAUAGCAAGGGAGCAAUUUGUGGAUGAAUGGCAGUUUUAG